GAAAUGGGCUAUUUUGGAUUUGUCCUGAUCUUCUGUGGACUGAGCUACGUGAUGGCUACUUACCCAAUCUGGUGGUCAUUAGCCAUUGGUCAACAAUACUCUUCUUUGGGAACUCAACCUAUUCCAUGUGGCACUAUUCCAGGACUUGUGGCUAAGCAGAUGCGUUUCUGUCGGAAUUAUAUGGAAAUAAUGCCCAGUGUGGCAGAAGGCGUCAAAAUCGGCAUUCAAGAGUGCCAGCACCAGUUCCGUGGACGAAGGUGGAACUGCACCACUGUCAAUGACAACUUGGCAAUUUUUGGACCUGUGUUAGAUAAAGCCACAAGAGAGUCGUCAUUUGUUCAUGCGAUAGCCUCAGCUGGAGUAGCUUUUGCUGUAACCCGAACGUGUGCUGAAGGAUCUGCCACCAUCUGCGGUUGUGACACCCAUCACAAAGGGCCCCCAGGAGAAGGCUGGAAGUGGGGAGGCUGCAGUGAAGACAUGGAUUUUGGAAGCAUGGUGUCUCGGGAAUUUGCAGACGCUCGGGAAAAUAGGCCAGAUGCUCGAUCAGCAAUGAACAGACAUAACAAUGAAGCAGGACGAACUUCUAUAACAGAUCACAGGCAUCUGAAGUGUAAAUGUCAUGGCCUUUCGGGAAGUUGUGAAGUGAAAACAUGUUGGUGGUCCCAACCAGACUUCAGAGUGAUCGGGGACUAUCUCAAGGAUAAAUAUGAUAGUGCUUCUGAAAUGGUGGUGGAGAAACAUAGAGAAUCUCGAGGCUGGGUGGAGACCCUAAGACCCAAAUACACUUUCUUCAAGCCUCCCACAGAAAGAGAUCUAAUUUACUACGAAAGUUCUCCCAACUUUUGCGAACCUAAUCCAGAGACUGGAUCUUUUGGAACCCGGGAUAGGAUAUGCAAUGUCACCUCUCAUGGAAUUGAUGGUUGUGAUCUUUUGUGCUGUGGGCGAGGUCACAACACAAGAACUGAGAAGAGGAAAGAAAAGUGUCAUUGUAUCUUUCACUGGUGCUGCUACGUCAGCUGCCAAGAAUGCAUACGAGUAUAUGAUGUUCACACAUGUAAAUAAUACAGCUUCUCCCCGAACAGACUAUUUCUUCCAAGAUACGAACUUAAGUCCUUAAGUCUGGUUCUCCAGGCAAAAACUCACAGAACCUCUUUGGCGAUACAAAUAACUGUGAUUGUUUGAAUAGUAUAGGUCUAACGAUUUCUUGGAUACACCUGGAGAAAAGCCCUACUCAAAAGGAAAUACCGCAAAACAACACUGAUUCAUUAUAAAUAAGAAGUCUAUCUUCUUCUCCAUAGAUUAGCUUGAAGUGGAUUACGCAAUUUAGAAGGUUCAUUGUUUACCUUAUCAACACUUUCUGGCUAUGAUUUAUAAAGAAAUGUAUUCUAGAUGAUUUUCACAAUGGAAAUGUCUGUAGAUAACAUUCUUGUAUCUCAUUCCAAGUGUAGGGGGGAAGGGGGGGACAAGAUAAUAUGGUGUUAACCUGAACAUUCUGGGGAGUUUUGGGUGGUUCCAUUUGAUUAUACACAUUUCCAUAUCUCUCAGCUGGAUGCUACAUGCAUUAUCAAUCUGAAAUGGGAAUUCCACCUUCUCAUACUGGAUAAAUGCAGACGAUAACCUCAGCACAAACAUU